AUGGACAUAAAUGGUCUGAUCCAUUGUGGGAUCCGGCUCGGGGGCGGGGUCGAAGGCGGAGCUCGGCGGACACGCGUGCGGCAGACGCGGCCCUCACCGGAGGCCUCGGCCGGGGUCGCCGGGUUGGCAGCCCGCGCGGGGCGGGCGCGGCAGCCGGCGGAGCUCGGAGCUUUGCGCGACCCCAGCGCACGGCGGGGCGGAGACGCCGUCCUCGCGGCCCAAGCGCCCGGAAAUCGGCCGCAUACAUUCUCCCUCCGGGUGCCUUUCCCGUCCUCCUCGGAGGCAGACAUCGCCCGCGGGUCCCUGGCCCCGGACCCGGAGCCUCGCGGAGGGGCGGUUGGGCGGGAGCUCGCGGUGCGCGGCAGCGCCCUGGCGGUCAGCUGGGCGGCCGAAGACCCUGGCCUCCUGCGGGCCUCCGUGGUCAGCUUCCUCAGCCAGCUUUCCCUGGGGGUGCGCACCCUGCAGCGCUUCGGGCCCCCCGUUUUCCCGCUGAGCCCGGGCUGGGAAGAGGGGCUGAUGCUUCCUGCCGCCUGAGUCCUGCAGGAGUUGCACUUACAUGGGGCCCGAAUCUUGGGCACUUGUGGUUCAUUGUUUUGUUUGAUGCUUACGUGUUUGUCACUGCAGCAAAUAAAGCCGA